GAGCAGUGUUUGAGGAACACUCAAACAGAACAAAUGAGCAGCCGCAGCUCGACUCCUGCAAGAGACGCAGAUAUCGGCACGCUGGAGAGAGCUGCUUCACCAGGAGUCAGAUUAGUGUUGGGGAGGAUCACCGGACUCUGAGGCACAGCGGAGGACAGAGGUGCAAGAGCAAGACUGAGAGUUCCUCUGAAGUGGGAUCUCAGUUCACACACACAGAGACAGAAAGAAAACUAGCGAGGUAUUUUUGCAGUCCUCGUGGUCGUGGUUCCCCACAUGCACAGAUGAGAUCAUGGAUUCACUCUUGACGGCAGUGGUGCGUGGGGACGCCAUGGAUCUGGACGCCUGACGACCAUGGAGAGCAUGUUUAUUGGUAACGCGUGUCAGAGCGGACUGGUGCCAGCACUGGUUCGAGCUCCUCUGCCCACUGUGCCACCCUCCUUGGGCAUGAAGCACUUCCUUCCCUUCCCUCUGGACAGCGGCUCCAUGCUCCGCCUCAUUCCCAGCUUCAGAAACAUGGACCCCGUUCAGAAAGCUGUUUUGCAUCACACACUCAGCGCUCCAGCCUCCUCUAAAAGAAAAGCGGUCUCAUGCGGUGUAUGCCAGCUGAGGUUUAACUCACAGAGCCAGGCAUUGGCCCACUACAAAGGCACCAAACAUGCCAAGAAGAUGAAAUCCAUGGACGCUCCGAAAUGCCUCAAACACAAGAGCUCUCUGGUCACCAAGGAAAAUACCAACAAGGAGCCAUCUAAUAGCCUCUCUCCCUCCACAGCAUCCAGCAACUCUGACAGACAAGGUGGGAGUCAUGGAGUGCCUGUGACCCCUUCAUCCCCCUCUUCUGCCCCAGUGUUCGGCUCCGGGGUGGAGCCCACAGAGCCAGAGUCUACCUCAGCAUCAGGAGGAGAGGACGGCCGCUCCAUCACCCCCAUCCCGCCUGAACCAGAAGAGAACGACCCCGCCGUCAGUCCAGAGACGGAGGAUGAGAAAGCACUGCGUCUGCUCUACUGCUCCCUCUGUAAGGUGGCCGUCAACUCUGUGUCACAGCUGGACGCACAUAAUACCGGCACCAAACACAAAACCAUGCUGGAGGCUCGGAGUGGGAUCGGCUCCAUCAAAUCGUUCCCCAGGCCCGGGCUGAAGAGCAAGCUGACCGCCCCCACUAAAGCAGACACGGGCCUGCAGAACAAGACAUUCCACUGUGAAACCUGCGACGUGCACGUCAAUUCAGAGACGCAGCUCAAGCAGCAUAUCAGCAGCAGACGCCAUAAAGACAGAGCUGCGGGGAAACCAGCCAAACCCAAGUACAGUCCUUACACCAAAACCCAAAGAGGAGCCACCAAACAGACACAGGUGAAGAUGCCAGUCGGUAAAGACCUGUGUCAGACAACCAGGAUAAUGCCGCCUCACCUGGCUGCCGUCGCUGCUGCUGCCGCUGCCAUUAGCUCCGCCUUCCCUCUGCGUGCCUGCCAUAGCCCCGCCCUCUUUCAGACUCAGUCCCUCCCCACCGCGCUGCUCCGCCCUACACCGGGGCCAAUCAGGACUGCUCACACGCAUGUACUGUUUGCCCCCUAUUGACCCUUGAACUAUGACCUCUGGCGGAUCGGACCAUUAACCCCUUCAUCUCCUCACACUGGGCAUGCACCCCGGAUCAAAUGAGCGAUACUGCAAUAAUUUAAAAAUGAAACAUGAACCAGGUAACUAUGCAUCGUCAUUUAUAUGUGACACACUGACGUUAAGCUAUAAAUGUAUCAGUGGAGAUAUGAUUUUAGUUUUUUUUCUGUACGGAAACAAUGAUUCAUCAUCAUCAUCAUCAUCGCUUAGAGUACAAGACUGAUUUGUAAAUUAAAGGUGAGUUUGUGAACACAGAGAUGUUAAUAAUGGAGAAAAUGGAAAGUUGUAUUUCUCUGCUGUUUUGCACUUUAAGUCUUUCUGUUGUUGAUUUCUAGAUGAAUAGAUCCCUUCCUGUUUCCAGCUGUUGGUGUAACCAGGUCAGCAGUGCUUCAUUUGUCAAUGGACCCGUUUCACAUUACUGCGGUUCUCAGAAGCUGAAUUCAUCAGAAACUUCUAUAGUCGUGAAUGGAAACUACAACAAAUAUCAUUUUUGCAUUCCCAUUUGCGUCAACAGAAGAAGAAACAAAACCAGUGUAGCAUUUCUAUGACUACACAAAAGAGAAAGAAAUAUCCAUCAUCAUAAUCUCAUAUAACAAAAUAAUAUAUCAGAUAUCUACGUAAUCAGUUGUGUUGGUCAUAAGAGAGAAAUGUAAAAAUUGCCACCACUCCCUCAAAAAAAUUACUUUCACUUUUUGCUAUUUUAUUUGACAAAAUUAAGAAUUUAAUGAUUAUUAUUUCUUCUAAAUUAAUUAAAAUUUGCCAUAACUUCUUACAAAAAAAUUACUUUGUAGCAGUUUUUACUCGGAAAUUGCUAGCAAUUUCACAAAUAAAGAAAUGGCAAUUAAUACAUUGAAUUAAAUGUGAAACUUAUAAAUGUCAAUGAAAAUAUUACAAAUUUUACAGCAUAAAAUGUGGAAAUGCAUCUGUGAGAAGGGUCAUUAAGAUCUCAUGGAAUCAGUUAAGACAUUUUCUAUAUAAUAACUUGAACUGUAAGUGUCAUGUGACUAAUCACGCUCGAGCAGAAACAUUGUCAACUUAAUUCUGAUUGGCUGCUGACCUUAAAGACCGUCCAUAAAAUGGUCAAUAAUUGCAAUCCAAUUCCAGAUCCAGCUUUUCUGAUACAAAUGAAGCCCUGUUUAUACCUGUGUGUGUGUGUGUGUGUGUGUGUGUGUGUGUGGGUGUGUGUCUACAGCAGAACUUGGGGGAAGAUAAGUGUGAUUUCCAAAAUAAAAUGCUGCUGAUUCAUGACAAAGCAAGGUUAAAAAAUAUAGUGGGAUGUUUGCUAAACAGAUGAAUAUGUAAAUGUGCAGGAGUGUGUUCGAGUGUGUGUAUAGGGUGUUAGUGAGUUAGUAGGCUUUUCACCUGAAGUUGUCCCUGGAAACAUCUCAUGAAUGUUACAUGAGCUACUAAGGCCACAAAGCGUGUCUCUUCUUGCAAUGUGAAAACCGAUAAACAUUCAUUUUCAAAUAAAGAUACCUGCUUUAUUAU